CCCCCGACGUUGCGCCCUUCCCUCGCUUCUCUGUGCUCCCCUCUCCCCCUCUCCAGCCUCUGGUCCCGGCCCCUCGCUCUCUUUUCUUCCGCAGCCUUCCCUUCGCUCCCUCCCGUCCCCCCCAGCUCCGCGCCUCAGACUCCCGCCCCCCUUCCCAGCCCGCCCUCCCUCCUGCGUCCCAAAGUGGAUUAAUUAUACGCUUUCUGUUUCUCUCCGUGCUGUUCUCUCCCGCUGCGAGCCUGCCCGCCUCUCGCUGUCCUCUCUCCCUCUCGCCCUCUCUCUGGUCCCCCCCGUUCACGUUCACUCUGUCUCUCUCUCUGUCUCUGCCCCUCUCUAUCCUUGAUACAACAGCUGACCUCAUUUCCCGGUACCCUUUCCCCCCCUAAAAGUACAACAUCUGGCCCGCCCCAGCCCGCAGAUAGCCCGACCUCCCCAAACAAUCAGAGGACUCUUCCCCCCCCCAAAAAAGCCAUCCCCCCGUUCUGCCCCGUCGCACAUUCGGCCCCUGCGACUCGGCCAGAGCGGCGCUGGCAGAGGAGUGUCCGGCAGGAGGGCCAACGCCCGCUGUUCGGUUUGCAAUACGCAGCAGGGAGGUGGGCGGCAGCUGUGCCGGCUUCCAGAUUCCGAUGGAGCUUCCAAUGGGGAAGUCGAUGCUGGUGCUGCUUACCUUCUUGGCCUUCGCCUCGUGCUGCUUUGCUGCUUACCGCCCCAGUGAGACCCUGUGCGGCGGGGAGCUGGUGGACACCCUCCAGUUUGUCUGUGGGGACCGCGGCUUUUAUUUCAGCAGACCAGCCAGCCGAGUGAGCCGCCGCAGCCGUGGCAUCGUGGAAGAGUGCUGCUUCCGCAGCUGCGACCUGGCCCUCCUGGAGACCUACUGUGCCACCCCCGCCAAGUCCGAGAGGGACGUGUCCACUCUCCCGACCGUGCUUCCGGACAACUUCCCCAGAUACCCCGUGGGCAAGUUUUUCCACUACGGCACCUGGAUGCAGUCCGCCCAGCGCCUGCGCAGGGGUCUCCCUGCCCUCCUGCGUGUCCGCCGGGGUCGCAUGCUGGCCAGGGAGUUGGAAGCCUUCAAGGAGGCCAAGCGUCAUCGGCCCUUGAUUGCCCUGUCCACCCACGACCCAGCUGCCCACGGGGGUGCCUCUCCAGAGGUGUCCAGCAAUUGGAAGUGAGCCAAAUUGUCGUAAUUCUGCGAAAUGGCCCCACCCUCCUCCUGCUCUCCUCUUGACCAAAGACCUUGCCAUCAGGUCCUCCUCUGCGCCGUCCUCCCAGGGGCCCCGCCCCGCCCCCCGCCCCAACCUCCCUAGUCAGGCUACUCUGCCCAGCCCCCUCCAUCGGGCUCCAAACACAUGUAAAACCAAUUGGCUUUCACUGUCUCCCCAAAUGAUCCCCCAAAUGAUCCCCCCAGACGAUCCCCCCAAAUUGUCCCCCCAAAUUACACAACAAAAUUUGGAAAACACAAACCCACGCGCACAUACUACAUACACCAGCCCCCUUAAAACUGAUUGGCUUUUUAAAAACACCAGAAAAAUAAAUUAACCCCCCAAAACUUAA